AUGAGCGACAGAGCCAGUCAAGCAAAAGAUCGCCAGAACAUUGCGCGGAAAAUAGUCGAUCUCCUGAUAGAGUGUCGCAAUAAGGUCCCCAACGACUGUCCCGAGCAGACGCUCAUCCUGUCAGACGAGGCUCUCCGUGCGUAUGUCAGGGGACUCGAGAAGUCAACAUGGGACAAUAGGACGGAUGUGACAGACUAUCAUCAAGUGUGUUCAGAUCUCAUUGCGAGGCUCGAGAUACUUCGUGACGAUCUUCCAGGCGCCUGGCGAGAGUUGUCAGAGCUACUAAGGGACGCUACAAAGUACCCGGAAGGCAUUACACCCAACACCUCUUCCGCUCGUCCGCUGCCUCCUCAGACGAUUCUUGGCUCGGAUGCUGUGUCUGUCCUACCCGUCCAGAAAGAUAAGGACAUCCCCGAGGUUGUAGUUUCGCCACCCGACGGUGCUUCCCCGUUACAGCUUCCUGGUAUAAAUAUGAGCUCUCCAGCCGUACCAGCACCCGCACCCUCCGCCUUCGCUUCGGAUAAGGUGAAAGAUCAAGUGAAAACAAACCCCUUCGUCGGUCCCGAUGGUGCGUCCAUCUUCAACAAGAUUGGGACCGAGGCAAACCCUGUACAAAAACCUUUCCCGUCGAUUGCAGCCAGCAUACCAGAGAGGAAGGUGGCACCUCUGAAGCGAGCGUCACGCUUCAAAAAGCCUAAUGACGAUUCUGCGUCUGAUGGUCUUGGUGCAAGCCCCACGGUCGACACCAAGUCUGCGGAGAAGGCAGUGUCUCCGGCCGCAGCACCAAAGCUUGUCUUUGACUUUGGAGCUUCUUCAACAUCGUUCGCAGCUCCGCCAACACCGGAGACUAGCUCAUCGGCCGAACCCAAGGAAAAGAGAUCACGACAUACCUCAACUCCUUCCCCAUCGAAGUCCACCUCCACGCAGACUGACCUGGCGCCCUCUACCGACAAGGAUCAGAUGGGGAUGAUCUUAAGCAUUCUGGAAGAGGAGAGGACUGCGCGUAUCAAGGCUGAUACGAAAGUGGAGGAGUUGAUAGGGGCCAUGAGCCGCCUACAAGCAAAGGUUGACCGACUGAUGGAGGAGAUUGAAGCAAGCCGGGCGGAGACGUUGGAUUCAAUCAAGUCAACCGCGAAGCCUCAAGAGCCCGUGAAGCCUACAACACAUGCUUCCGCCCCCGCAUCCCGCAACAAGAACGACCGCGAGGGCGACAAGGUCGUGGCGCCAAAGCGCAAGUCCACGAACCAGAUCGUGAAGGACCUCAAGAAGGACUUUGCUCCAGAGACGUCUCAUGUCGUCUUCAGCCAGCUGAAGCACGGCACUUUGCGCAUCUCUGGGCUUCAGAAAGCCCAGCCUGCCAACCUCCAGGCGCAGAUCGAGAAGGUGCUGUGCGCCUUCAAGGUGCCAGCAUCUCAGCGCAAGAAGCACGCGUCAAUGGUGAUCGAUCUGGCCAAUUUCGGAAAUGGCCUUGUUCGCGGCGAUCAGCGAUACCUUCCUCUCGACACCAAAGUCAGGGAGGCAGCCAUCGCAUUUGCGGAUGAAAAACUGACCGGCCAUCUAUUCCACAAAAAGAAUUGGUUGUGCUUCCGCUGCGUUUCUGAGCAGCACAAGUGCAUGCAGGGGUACAUGGGUGGACGUGUGGUCUUGUAG